AUGUCCCAAACGCGUCUCCUUGUCUACGGCGACCACCUGGGAGACAAGGUCCAGCCUGUCAAGAAGCUAUACCAGGCGGCAAGGACGCGGCCACUCGUUCAUACUUUCUUGCAACAGGCCGCCGAUGCCCUUCAACGCCAGUUAGCCGCACUUGAGGCCCGGGAGAGAUGCAGAAUCGGAGCCUUUAGCGACCUUCUCGAACUCGCGGAGCAUUAUGCUGGCCGCAAGCACAACUUUGAGGCCGUCAGCUUUGCCCUGACCACUGCGGUGCAAGUCGGUGACUUCCUGAUACAAGCUGAAGACGACACCGCUUUGCUCAGCAACAAUGGAGAUGUGCGCCACUUCGGGGUCUGCAUUGGACUCCUAGCAGCCACGGUAGGAGCCGCGUCGACUAACAUCAGUGAUGUGUUACGCCUCGGGGUUGAGAUUGUGGCCGUCGCCUUCCGUCUGGGCGUUGCAUCCUCUCGAAGGUCGACGAGCAUAGAAGAGUCUGAUGGUCCAUGGGCAACGACCUUCGUUGGGGUCGGGCCUGACGAGCUACGGCGGUGCCUAGAUUCGGUGAAUGAGAAUCUGCCCAAGUUGGCUCAUGCUUAUCCAGGUGUGGUCACGAACGCUUGGGCAACGGUCUUCGCAGUGCCCUCCACGACCGAGAUGCUCCGCUCGAGUCCGGGGACGGAACACCUCCAGCAAAUCCAUGUAGCGGAGGCCGGCAGUGCUGUUCAUGCUUCGGACUGGCCCUCAUUACCUCUUGACACGAUCAUGGGCUCUAGCAAACUCCUGGACACCUCUGUACAAGACGAUCUUAUCUUUCCAACCACUGCCGGCGAGUUCUUCCCCUCAGGGCCACUCCGUGACAGCUUGGGAGCGGUCAUCGCCGACAUUGGGAACUCGCCUCUCCAGCUGGAAGACGCGACCCGGUCACUUGGGACACUUAUGAACGGCGGCAGCGAACUGAAGCUGCACGCCAUUGGCCCCCCAACAUCACUUUCUUCAAUCAGCACAAUCCUAAGAGCAACUGAGCGGGAGUUCAAAGUCCUCGACGAGCCAACGAAGACAUCAAACCUCCCACCGUCCGACGAUACCACUUCUGACCUCAUUGCAGUUGUGGGAAUGAGCGGCCGUUUCCCGGGUGCCAAUGGCCUGCAAGAAUUCUGGUCCCUCCUCGUCUCUGGACUGGAUAUGCAUGAGGAGAUCCCUCCUAACCGAUUCGAUGUUAAGGAGUUCUACGAUGCCGCAGGGGAAGGCAGGAAUGCCAUGCGAACACGAUAUGGCUGUUUCCUGAAAGAUCCAGGACUCUUCGACAACCUCUUCUUCAACGUCUCGCCCAAAGAAGCAAUGCAGAUGGAUCCGCUGCAGCGCAUGCUUCUGAUGUCGACGUACGAGGCGCUCCAACAGUCAGGCUAUUCUAAAGCGUCCACCUCACGCGUCUCGUCCUUCUUUGGCCAAACAACGAACGACUGGAAUACCAUCAACGACCAGCAAGGAGUAGGCACCCAUUAUAUUGCCGGCGGCAAUCGGGCGUUCGCGCCUGGCCGCCUGAACCAUUUUUUCAACUGGACUGGGUCCCACUACAGCAUCGACACUGCCUGUUCAGCCAGCUCGACGAGCGUUCAUCUUGCUUGCAAUGCUCUUCUUCGGCGAGAAUGCGACCUCAGUGUGGUCGGUGGCGGGUCUCUGUGUGUUGUGCCUGAGAUGUUCGCAGGACUUGACAACGGCGGCUUCCUGUCACCCACUGGAGGCUGCAAAACGUUCUCUGACAACGCGGAUGGGUAUUGCCGUGGCGAGGCCGUGGGCGUGGUGAUACUGAAGCGCCUCGACGAAGCACUCAGGGACAACGACAAGGUGCUGUCUGUCAUCAGGAGCACGGCACGUAACAGCAACGGCAGCAACGGCUCCAUCACCUAUCCCAGCGCAGUUGCACAGGAAGAUCUGUUCCGCCAGAUGCUGCGUCAAUCACAGAUUGAUGCGAACGAGGUCAACUAUGUUGAGAUGCAUGGUACUGGCACCCAAGCUGGCGACACUACAGAGAUGGCCAGCGUGCUAAGGGUCUUUGCGCACCAGCGCGCAGCUAACAACCCACUACACGUCGGUGCUGUCAAGGCAGCGGUCGGCCACAGCGAGUCAGCGGCUGGCGUUGUGGCCCUCAUAAAGACGAUUCUCAUGCUUCGGCACGAUACCAUCCCUCCUCAACCCGGGCCCCUUACCAUGAACCGGCAUUUCCCCUCUCUGCAGUCAGCAAAAGUCGCAAUCGCUGAUCGAGCGACACCAUUCUGUGCUUGGGACGGCGGCGAGUCAGUGAAACGCAGAUUAUUGAUCAAUGGGUUCGACGCCGCUGGGGGCAACACGAGCAUCCUCAUGGAAGAUGCACCGUUCCAAGGACCCAAAGCCGCCGAUCCACGAGAGCAUCAUGUCGUGGCCAUCUCUGGCCGUACUCGGACAGCGCUGCUGCGAAACAAGGCUCUCUUGCGUGAACACCUACUUCGCACUCGUGACGUUCGUCUGAACGACGUUGCUUACACUACGACCGCCAGGAGGCUGCACGAGACGCACCGGGAGGCAUACGUGGUCGACUCUGUGGAUACACUGGCCGCCAAGCUGGCUUCAACAGACCUCAAAGCCGACAGGGGUCGCUCAAAAAGCAAAACGACACCGCUUGUAUUCGCCUUCACUGGCCAAAGCUCGCUCUAUACUGGAAUGGCAUCAACCUUGUACAAGACAAGCCCCCACUUCAGGAACACUCUGGACUCAUAUCAGGCGCUCUGUAACGUGCAGGGACUUGCGACCUUCAUGGGCCUCAUUGACGGCUGGCAGCCUGUCGCGUCGUCCACGGCGGCGCAACAGCAUUUGGCUAUCGUCGCCUUGGAGAUUGCACUGGCCCGGUACUGGAUCGGCCUUGGUGUCGAACCGCAGUUGGUGCUUGGACACAGUCUUGGCGAGUACGCUGCUCUUUGCGUUGCUGGAGUGCUUUCAGUGUCCAGCUGCUUGAAACUCGUGCACACGCGCGCAGAGUUGAUCGAGCAGUCAUGCACUGCCAAAACACACGGCAUGCUGGCAACAGGGCUGUCGCUGGAUGACGCGCAAGAGCUGUUGGGGCCGGGCCGAUGGACCUCUGAGAUUGCUUGCCAGAACGCACCAUCCAUGACCGUCCUGAGUGGAGAGCUUGGUGAACUACGAGCGCUGGCUGCCACGCUCAAACGGAAGGGCGUACUCGCAAAGCUUUUGGACAUCGACUACGGCUUCCACUCCCGGCAGCUAGAGACCCUGCUCGACACAUUCGAGAAGGAGGCCGCCUCUGUACACUACGGGACCCCGACAAUCAAGGUAGCUUCAACGCUCACCGGACAGAUUGUGGAAGACGCUGGGAUCUUCAACGCUGCAUACCUUCGUCGACAGACUCGGGAGCGAGUCAACUUCACGGCUGCAGUGUCCUCCUGCGAGCUCGAAGGUUACAUCUCCAACGACUCUCUCGUCAUCGAGAUUGGUCCCCACCCUGUUUGUGUCGGCCUUGUUCCGCCGAACAUGUUGUCCGCCUCCCCAUCAUGCCACAGCAGCCUGGAGAAGGGAACAGACGACUGGCAGUGCAUAUCAACAUGUCUCGCCAGAGCCUUCUGUGCUGGUAUCGACGUGCAAUGGACCGAGUUCCACAAAGACUAUCUGGCCAGUUGUCAGCUCGUGGACCUGCCGAAUUACGCAUUCGACCUCACCAACUACUGGGUGCCAUAUCAGCCGCAGCCUCUGAGUAGGACUGUGGCUCCAGAGUUACAAGGGACGGCCUUCAUCUCAUCAUCCGUGCAGAAGCUUGUAUCAUUCGAUCGGCAGCCCGGCAAAUCGUUGGCGACCUUUGCAUCAGACAUAAUGGAGCCUGGUCUUCGUGAGGCGAUACACGGACACUCGGUCAAUGGCGUCACCAUCUGCCCUGCCAGUGUCUUCAUGGAUAUGGCGAUGACGGCGGCGAAGGUCACCUUCGAAAAGUGCGGUAUGACUGCGAAUCACCAUGCGUUGAGACUGAUGAACCUCCGCAUAACCCAGGCGCUUGUGGCUUGCGAUGAGGGAUCAUCCAACGACAUUGUCAUCAAAGCUACACUGCACGAGACAGAGCGCAAGGUGACCAUUGAAGUCCUCUCUGAAACCAGGCCUGCUGCUACUGUUCAUUCUACCUGUGCGGUGGCUUUGCCGGGAGAACCAGGGCCGAAUCAAGAAUGGGCUUUGAUGCGCCGGCUGUUGGAAUCGAGGCUGAGUGCCCUUCAACAAUCACCAAGCUCCCAUCGUAUGGCGACGCCGCUCUUCUACCGCCUGUUCAACGACGUGGUCCGCUACUCCAGGCCGUAUCAGUCGCUGUGCAACGCACAGAUAGCUGAGAGCUUUGAUGAUGCAACUGCCACCAUCCUGCUGGGUCGAUCUGGGCCAGAAAAACCAGGCAGCUUCAAAUACAGCCCAUUCAUCCUGGAUGCACUGGUCCACCUGGCUGGUUUUCUGCUCAACUCGAACUUGAACAAAACCGACGACGAUAUGUACCUCGCGAACCACAUUGGAGACUUCCAGAUCUUUGACCAGCUACCGACUGAGAGCACCGAACGGACGGUGUAUGCCAGUGUUCGCGAACCACAUGGCAGCAACGACGUCUUCAUUUGCGACGUCUUCGUCUUCGAUCCUGUCAGCGGCGAAGUCUCUGCUACUUGCACCGACAUCCGCUUUCAGAAGAUGCCUCGCGAUGUCUUCUCGCUUCUCAUGGGCGACGAGGUAGUACCCGAGGUGGCUUCCCAUCCAAUGGUCCCGCAGGCAGUCGCACAGAAGACCGCCGCAACGGCAUCGUUGCCACAGUCACACCAGCCUCCAUCGGCACCAUCAGAAUCUCACAGCGAGCUUCUCCUCCGUCUGCUUGCUGACGAGCUCGGCCUUCCACCGGCAAGUCUGACACCAGAUUGCGAGUUCGCCUCCGUUGGACUUCACUCCCUGGCAAGUCUGAAGAUCAUUGCACAAUUCAAGAGACAGUCCGGGCGAGAUAUUCCAAUGGCCUUCCUUGCAGAGCACAGCACUGCCGAUCGCGUGCGCAAGGCGUUGGGAGAGGACACCGACUCCGAAGGCGAGGAGAGCAUUCACAGCAGAACGAAACUCUCCACCCCAUCCGAGGCCGUCUCACCCCAAACACCACUUACGCCGAUCAGCGAGACACCACCCAAAGCUGCCCAAAUGCAACUACAGAAGCCCGCCCACUCGCUCAAGACGCCAACACCAGAAGCGAACGCGCUGCUGAUUCACGGCGACCCUUCUUCGACCCUCACGCCGCUCUUCCUUGCCACGGCCGGCAUUGGGCUUGCAGCACCUUACAUCAACAUCCCUCAGUUCCCGGGACAGCGAGCCUUGUACGCUCUGGAGUCACCCUUUGUCAACUGUCCGGAGCAGCACUCGCUCAACGUCGAGCACAUGGCCGCAACCUGGAUCCUCGCAAUACGCCGCGCUCGUCCCAAAGGCCCCUACCUCCUUGGAGGAUACUCUGCCGGUGGCGUCUAUGCCUACGAAAUCGCACGCCAGCUGGCCGAGAACCACGGCGAGAGGAUCGCUGGUCUGCUGAUCAUCGACAGCCGGGUUCCGCAGCCGGUACCUGCUGCUCUGGAUAUCAUCGCUGUGCCUACCAACGCAACUGGACUCUCGGAGGAAAUGAAAACGCACAUGAUCGCGUCCGCGCGGGCGCUUGUCCGCUACGAUCCACGCCCAUUCCCUCUCACGAACAGCCCUGUUCGAACUCACUUGAUCUGGGCGAAGGGAGGCGAGGGUACCGGUGGCUACGGACGCGCGGCGAUGGGUCCGAUUGGAGAGGGCCGACCGUCGAGGGAGCUGACGUUCGAGGAGUAUGAGGCCGAGUUGGCUACCUGGUUCUGCGGCGAGCGCCAGGACUUUGGAAGUAACGGGUGGGAGAAAUUUGUCGGAGGGGAGGACAGGGUGAUCGUUCACACGGUGGAAGGCAGUACGUCGAUUCGCCCAAGUGUGUUGAUUGAAGCUCAUGCUGACGAAUCUGCAGACCACGGAACGAUGAUGCGCAUGCCGCAAGUCAAGCUUGUCGGCGCGGUCGUGGUCCAGUUCAUCGAACAGAUCACUUCAUUCGAGGCGGCUAUUGUGGCCGAAGAGGACACGGUCAGGGAGGUUUAA